AUGUCCCAGUACAUAGAUGAAAUUACAGAGGCCCUCAAUGAGGACGUGGUACUAUCCCAAAUGAUCAGGUUUCCUGAAAAUAUUGGGGAAUUAAAUAUCUGCAUUGAUAGAAAUCGUGCUCUAGGAGGGCAACUACGUGGUACACUUGGGUACACUGACGGUACCCUAGUAAAAAUCAUAAAGCCAUCUAUUCGCAACAACAGAGCUGGUUUUAUUGGAAGGAAGAGCUUCGCGAGCCUAAAUGCAAUGAUUACAUGUGACAGGAGAAUGUAUGUCAUGAAUGUAAAUGCAAGGUUUCCUGGUGCAACUUUCGAUUCGUUUGUGUUCCAGGGAAGUGCCUUGAGAACUAGAAUGAUGCAGCUUAAUGAGCAACAACCCUGCCACUUACUAGGGGAUGCGGGUUAUACAUUAGAGCCCUGGAUGAUGACACCAUUUAACCGAGCAGAUCGGCCUCUUCUUGAUGACUCGCCGGAGGCCCGGUACAACCAUGCACACGCUAGUGACAGAAACGUUGUAGAACGUUGCAUUGGUGCUCUGAAAGGGAAAUUCAGGUGCCUUCAUGAUGAACGGGUCCUUCAUUAUAACUAUGUUAAAAGUGGCAAAUUUGUAAAUGCUGCAUGUGUCAUUAUGAAUUUGGGUAUCUUGGGUAUUCCAAAUUAUAUAAAUGAGGAGAACUUACUCAAUGACAAUGUUAAUGAUGCACUACCAGAAGAAGACCUUUUUGAUGACGAAGAUGGUGGUGUAAGAGUUCAUGCAUUACUUGCCCGAGGAAGGGAAAUUCGUAAUCGGAUUGUGCAAGAGUUGGAAGAAAUGCGUAAUUAA